AUGCCAUAUCCUAAUGAUCUGAUCAUAGAAGACGGGCAAAACAAAAUGAUAAUGGACGAGCUUUCCUAUGACCGAGGGAAGUUAAAAGAGGAGUUCCAGCGACUGUUUCAAGGAUUAACAACUGAGCAACGUGGAAUUUACAAUAAAAUUAUGUCAGUUGUAUCACGAGGAAAAGGAGGGGUGUUCUUUGUAUAUGGAUACAGAGGAACAGCUCUAGAUAGGAGUUUAAAGAAUGUUAUGCAGUUUGUGAAUCCUGCAAAUCUAGAUAUCACAUUUGGUGGCAAGGUUGUAGUUUUUACUGGUGAUUUAAGAAAAAUAUUACCCGUGGUGCCUAAAGGAAGCAGACAAGACAUUGUCUUCUCAGCAAUAAAUAGUUCUUACUUAUGGGACUUUUGCCGAGUACUUAGGCUGACAAAGAACAUGCGCCUCACAACAGGUUCAAUUGGAGGGCCAAAUGAUGGUGAGGCCGAUAUUGAAAUACCCCAUGAAAUGUUGGUAGAUGGGGGACAUGACCCUAUUGCGACAAUAGUAGAAAGCACAUAUCCUGACAUAGCGGAUCACAUUUGGGAACCAAGUUAUUUUCAAGAAAGAGCUAUUCUUGCUCCAACCAAUGAAAUUGCUGAGACGGUUAACGAUCACGUGUUAUCUCAAUUGCCAGGUGAAGAAAGAACUUACUUGAGUUCAGAUGCAAUUUCAGUGGAGGAAGGAAAUUUUGGAAUUCAUGAGAUGUAUUCAACAGAGUUCCUAAAUACAAUUAAAUGUGGAGGAUUACCAAACCAUAGUAUAUGA